AGCAAAGAUCUCCCUUUCUUUGGCCAGCAUAGUAACAGGAUAAGGAUAUACACGGGCAGAUAAUUCCCAGCAAACCCAAAAGAGGUACUUCUGAUGUCAGUGGAUUUCUGUACUGCACUCAAGUGCUGUUUUGGAGAAAAACAGGAGUGUUAGGCUUCAGAUCCUUUCUUUCUGGGCCCUUGAAUGGUUUGGUUUGUCAUGGGGACAUGUGAUUUGUUCAUUACCUUUGGGAAUCAGCAGUGUGUGCUUUGUCCUAACUUUAUGGGUUAUUGAGAUGAGACGUUUGGUGGAGGUUUCCAUUGUGCUCGUGGACUGCUUAAAGAAAUGACCUGAUUCAUGAUAAGUUUUUGAAAAAGCCAGCUCUUGUGUUUUAUAAAGCUGGAGCUGGGCUGGAAGCUGUUUGUUGUCACCUACCUUUAAUCAUUGCUGACAGGCCUCCUUCUUCCAAGCAGCCCUCUGUCUGCUGCUGUCCCCAGGUGAGCUGCUGCCAGCCUUGGGUAAAUUGUUUGGCUCAACUGCAUAAGAAUUUUCCCAUUUUGGCAUCCAGGGGAGCAGGAGACUUCAGGACAUCUCAGCACCACCAUCUCUAUUUUGAAAUCAAGAAGAUGCUGUCACAAAAAUGUGCCUGCACACACUUUAAUGUUGCUCUAGAGAUGGUGUGAGUAAGGGAAGUGCCUACACUUGUGCCCUGAAAUCCUCCUGCUCCAGUCUCAGUGCCUUGGAAUGCUAACACUGAAGGGAAGGGCAGGGUUUGUUUGCCCUCCUGAUCCACACUGUUGUAUCUCAACAUCAACACACUCUUGCAGCAGCUAUUUCCCCUUUGGGAGCCAGGCAGGUGAUAAGGUCCUGUGCCCCUGGCAGCACUUGCAGAGCAGGCAGUGCUGCCUGAAUUUUAAUGCACCACUGCAUUCCUCAGCCCUGGUGAGGGAGAAGCAGCAGGGUGCAUUGCAGGGCUCAGAUGCUGCUUUUUCUACCCAUUUUGUCCUUCUUUUCAUUAACCUCUUUUGUGAGGGAGCUUUCAAAUAAAUGUAUGCCCAGUUCAAAGUUUCCUGGAGAGCUGCAUUAAGUUCACCCCUGAGGCUCUACCUUGCAGGCCCUUCCAGGGAAAGGUGUUCAUGGCUCCUCUUGCCUGAAGAGCAAAGAAAACCUUUUUCUUUCUGCCUGUGACCCUGCCUGCCUGGCAGGCAGCAAUGAUGAUCACCUUGCUGCAAGUUCUUAUGCUUCCAUAUUGAUUUUAAGAGGGUUUGCAUGAUGCUUUGAAGCUGCUCUUGGCUAUCAGGCUAUGGCACUGAGCCAGCCAUGUGAAGCUGGCCAAGCUGCCCUGUCUUUGGACCAAUUUCUUUGAUACCCUCUAGGGUUUUCUUGUGUAGUUAUAAAAGUAAGCUUCUUUCCUCUGUGCCCCCAUUGUAUGGCUUCAUUUUCACAGAGAAAGAAGAUUUUUAUAUCUUAGGUAUUCUUCUCCCUUUCCCAAGAAAUUCUAAUUCUUCCUUUUAAAAAACCCAUCAGGCUUAUUUUCUUUACUGACAUUAAAGGGGUGAAAAGUAAAAAUGCAGUAACAAAAAUUAGACUUGCAGUGUACCUAAGCCCUGAAACAGAAGAAGCUGUUCUUACUUAGGCUGUGCUGCUGUGGCUCUGAGGGCUUUUAAAAGCUGAGUCCCACUUCUCUUUUUGCCCCUGACUAGUUUUACAGUUGUUGGUGUGCUGUCUGUGCCCUAAUUCCUCCAUCUGAAAAUGGAGGAGCAUGGAAAAUACGCUGGGUUUAUAGGACCUGUGGAAAAACACUCUGAAAACACCAAGUUCUGUGUCCCAGUGCUCCACUAAGGGAAAGGAAAUUACUCUUAACUAGGAGUGAUGUAUUAGCCUGACUUUGAUGGCUUCUCCAUGUUGUACUUGUGUUGAGUUUGCCCAUACUUCACUCCCUGAUCUCCACAGCCUUUCCCACUGGCUCUGAGUCCUGGAACAAGUUGUUUACAGCAACAAUGCCUAUCUCAAAGUCCUUGACUUCAGUGCAAUCCAUCUCAGCUGCCUGUCAGGGCUUAUUGUGGACGUGCAUCCUCCAGUCAGUCCCAGACAAGGGAGCCUGUCCUGUGUGCCAGGUUCUCCUCCCUCUCUGCAUAGGAAGUGCUGAUUAGCUCUUCCUCUUGCUCCUUCUAGGCAGGUUGCAGGUUCCUGCACCCAGAGCUGUGCUUCACACACCUCCCAGGCAUUGGUGUGUCCUGAGAGGUGGCUCUGACCAAGCCAAGAUCGCCUCAGCAGAUGCCAAAGUGUUUUUAUUCAUGAGUCCAUUACAAACUGAGCGAGGCUUUCCAGCCCUGCCAAUGCUUUGAAGAAUUUGAGUUCCUUGUGUGAGGAUGGUAAAGCCCUGCAGAGAUCACUGAGAGGCACAAAAAGGGUGGUUGCCACCUGCAAAAUGAGCAUUUAUCUUGUGUGAAGAACAGAUGUGCAUAGGCUUUGUAGCAGGUGUAGAAAAUCCCUUUUGGGUACCAAAAUAAAAUCCCUGCCCUCUAUUUUAAUUUUGCCUUCCUUCUUCCUACCUUUUAAACAGUACUGGCAACUGCUUUUAAGAGAUUCUAACUUGAGCCUGAUUCUUUUGGGGUGUUGUUGGAGUCUUUGGGGUGCAAAUGUGGAGGUCAGGAACAACAUAUUUGCUGGAGAUUGCUGGUCCUACAGAAUGCCCUAUUGGAAUUGUGUCUCUCCCAGAGCAUCUCUUUUCAGAGAGGUUUUUUCUUUGGGUUUUUUCCCCUCCAUUUAUUCUCUCAGGACUGACUGUUACAGCUCCCUGAGGCAUAGGUUGUUUGUGGGGGAAUUGGAGCUCUAAAUAUCACCCAAAUUAACUUUCCAAGAGAAGGUGCUGAUAGAAGAGUUGCCUCCAGUGCUUCUUCCCAGAAAUGUUUAGAGGUAGCAGACUGUCUUCUGCAGCUUGAGACCACUUCCAUCAUAUGGUGAUCUGGCAUAGUGUCAUCUCUGGGAAUGCUGGGGCAUCCCCUGCUUUAAUCCAUUUUUUGAGAGCUUGAUAGGGCCUGUAGGUGACACCUUUGAGGCUCCAAUUGCAGUUCAUUUCUCUGUGUUAAUUGUCAGCUGUCAGUCACUUACACGUACCUGUCAAAACCCUGUUAUAGCAGGCUCAUACAACAGCUACAAAACAAAAGCAGCUGGUGAGGAGAUGGUUCAGAGAGCUGUACACACCUGUGACACAAACAGAGCAUUCCAUUCAGGCUUGUCAGUUUUAUUUACCUGGCAUCAUAAGUAUGAAUCAGCCUCUCAAUGAAAGUGGCAAAAUAGAAAUUCCGGUAGCUUGCUAUAUUAUUCUCUGUUCAAUUUUAGUUUCUCUUCUGGGAAUUCACAUAAUCACCUCUUGAGGGUUAUCUGCCUUGAUAGCUUUGUGUAGUGAAUCUGUUCUCCUUUCCUGUUGUUGGAAAAACUUUUCUGGUGCUGCACAGCUGUCAGCACAAUAGGGCCACAAGAAUUUAUAUAUAUAUAUUUAUUUAUUUUUUUCCUUAUGGGAGCAAUAACAGUAAUUUAUUUGGAGUUUUUCUGUUGUUCCCUUGAGUUGUUCACCACUGAAAAAAUACUCCUGUGCUUGGGUGCAGUAGAGCAGCACUUCUCUCCCAGGGGCACACCUCGACAAAGGGAGGCCAUUGAGAAUUUUCUGUAGUGUCCAGUCCCUGCAAGACAGACAAGCACCCAACUCCCUGUCUUGUGCAAAUUCAACGUGUAAUAUAAUGGAGCCACUUUUUUUCCCACUGGGAUUUGUACCUUGGUGUCAUUUCUUAGGCCAGCCUGCUGCAGAAAUGCAGGAUGCUGAGGGAAUGGGGAAAUGCCCGCACUUGCCAGAUCGUGUGGUUACUGUAGGCUCAGCUGCACUCACUGCUGGUGGAGAGAGCUCUUAUAGGGGUGAGAGGGAAGAACCCUUUCUGGGUUUGCUGUAGUAAAGAACACAUUUCAGUGUGCUGCAUCUAGAGCUUGUGGCUGUCACCUGCAGCUCAGCCCAGUUUGGUUUGAAUUAGUCAGGAAAAGGUUCUCAGUUACUCGGUUUUGCAUCAGAAUUAAUUCCAUAACAUUGGGAUUGGUUUGUUUUUUCAAGACAAGAGAUUGUAAGAGCACUGCAGCAAAGUGUCUUUACUUGCCUUGUUUGAUAAUCUCGCUGCAGUGCUCAGGUUGUGGCAAGGGCCUCUGUGUAGCCUAGGAACAGCUCAUUUCCCUGUGGGACACCAGGCUUUCAGUUUGACUGAUGUUCCCAUUGUAGCUCUGCUCCCAGCACUCCUCUGCAAUCUGUGCUCGGAAGGAUCAGUGCUGCUCCUUUGGCCAUUAUUUCCUGCAGUUAAGGCUCCUUAGCUGGUGUUUUCUGCCUGGAGGGAGCCGUGGAGUACGACUUGUGGAAGGAGCACAGAUAACAAGCACCCAUCUGUUCUUCUUUUCCAGCCCUUCGGGAUGUCCACGUGUCCCCGGUUAGAAUUCUUCUCUGGAUAAGAUAGUGGAGGUGUCACUGUGGGGCACUCAGGGCAGAAAACAAUAGCAGCUCAAGUCCAAAAAACAAGAUUGAUCAGAGAGCAAUCACACUUGCUCUUGAGUCAGAAGCUCCGCUGAGAGGAAGGCUGCAGGAGCCACAGUCUGUACAAGGACUUUCAAGCCUCUGUACAUUGAGUGGUGGCUCUUCCUUGGCUCAGUGGGAUGUUCCAGUACUUGCUUUUCUGUAUUUACUUUGUCGUUCAGCUCCAGCCGGUGUCUUCGAUGGCCCUGGACCCCUGCUCCGCCUACAUCAGCCUGAACGAGCCCUGGCGGAACACGGACCACCGGAUCAACGGCUCCCACGGGCAGCCCACGUGCGACAGCGGCAUCGACGGCGAGUGGUACCGCUUCACGGGCAUGGCUGGCGACGCCAUGCCCACCUUCUGCAUCCCCGAGAACCACUGCGGCACCCACGCUCCCAUCUGGAUGAACGGCAGCCACCCGCGCCAGGCCGACGGCGUCGUCCGGCGCCAGGCCUGCGCCAGCUUCAGCGGCAACUGCUGCCUCUGGAACACCAGCAUCGAGGUCAAGGCCUGCCCGGGGGGCUACUACGUGUACCACCUCACCAAGCCCAGCGUCUGCUUCCACGCCUACUGCGGGCAUUUUUAUGACAUCUGUGAUGUGGUGGACUGCCAGGGCUCCUGCCUGGACACCGGUGACUGCACGUGUUCCCCGGGUACGACGCUGGGACCUGAUGGCCAGACGUGCCUUGAUGAAAAUGAGUGUGAGCAGAACAACGGAGGCUGCAGUGAGUUCUGUGUUAACCUGAAGAAUUCCUUCCGCUGCGAGUGCGGCGUCGGGCGCACGCUGGGAAGUGAUGGGAAAACCUGUGAAGAAAUUGAAGGCUGUCACAAUAACAACGGAGGCUGCAGCCACACCUGCAUUGAAGUGGAAGACACCUACCAGUGUGAAUGUCCCAGGGGACUUGUUCUGUCAGAAGACAACCACACUUGCCAAGUUCCAGUGCUGUGCAAGUCCAGCUCUAUUGAGGUGAACAUCCCAAAGGACCUGGUUGGAGGCCUGGACCUUUCCCUCAUCAACACUUCGUGCAAAGGCGUGUCCAAUGGCACUCAUGUCAACAUCCAUUUCUCCCUGAAGUCCUGUGGUACUGUUGUAGAUGUAAUAAAUGAUAAAAUCAUUGCCACCAACCUGGUGACUGGCUUGCCCAAGCAGACCCCGGGGAGCAAUGGGGACAUCAUUGUCCGCACCAGCAAGCUGCUGAUCCCGGUGACCUGCGAGUUCCCGCGCCGCUACACCAUCUCCGAGGGCUACGUGCCCAACCUCAAGAACUCUCCCCUGGAAAUCAUGAGCCGCAACCAGGGCAUCUUCCCCUUCACUCUGGAGAUCUUCAAGGACAAAGACUUUGAUGAGCCCUACAGGGGUGCUCUUCCCACCCUCAAGCUUCGGGACUCGCUGUACUUUGGGAUCGAGCCCUUGGUGCACGUCAGUGGACUGGAGACGCUGGUGGAGAGCUGCUUCGCCACUCCCACCUCAAAAAUUGAUGAGAUCCUGAAGUACUACCUGAUUCAGGAUGGCUGCGUUUCUGAUGAUUCCGUGAAGCAGUACACGUCAAAGGACCAUCUUGCCAAGCAUUUCCAGGUUCCUGUGUUCAAGUUUGUGGGCAAAGACAACAAGGAGGUGUUCCUGCACUGCCGCAUCCUCGUGUGCGGGGCGCUGGACGAGACCUCGCGCUGCGCCCAGGGCUGCCGGAGACGCGCGCGCAGGGCGGCCGAGCAACCGGAGGAGGAGCAGGAGGAGGAAUCCCUUCACAUGGCUAACCACGUCCUGACAGGAGGCCCCAUCAGAAUCGACUUUGAGGACUGACACCCACCCUCUGGAACAGCAUUCCUGGCCUUCCUUAUCACUGCCUUCUCUUGUUGUUCUUCUCUGUUGAGAAACGGGAGGUAUUUGUUAGAGCCCUGCUUGAACCUCAGGACUCAUUUCCUUAACUCUGUGGUGAUUAUUUGUGAAGUAUUUUGUGCCCACGAGGCAGCCCUUGGACUGCAGAACAGUUUGGUUUUAUCUGCGUUUCUUCCCAACAGCCCUUCAGCUGAAGGGACCCUGUUUCUUUGCAGGCCAGAAGUGUUACCCAACUUUGUCUUUCCCCACAUCCACCUACAGGCCCCAGGACUGUUUGUCCUUGACUAAACAAAUGUUAUCCAAGCCCUUCUUGCAUCAGACAGUACAAACAGUAUCGUAGCUGAGCGUGUUUGCUGUGCAGCUCUGUGAGUGAUGCCGGAGCUUUCGGGUGACUGUCAAUAAAAAUGUGUAUAAAAUACAUCUCA